AGGAAGCAACAGUUUGUUUCUUUCAGAGCCCACACUGUAACGUUCGCCGUUUAUUGGAUACCAUUUGUGAGAAAGGAGACAAUGGGAAGAGCACCUUGCUGUGAUAAGAAUGGACUCAAGAAAGGUCCUUGGACUCCUGAGGAAGAUGAUAAGCUCAUCAGCUAUAUUCAAUUGCAUGGCCCAGGCAACUGGCGCAAUCUUCCUAAGAAAGCCGGGCUUCAAAGAUGUGGGAAAAGUUGUCGUCUUCGAUGGACUAAUUAUCUGAGACCUGAUAUUAAGAGGGGAAGAUUUUCUUUUGAAGAAGAAGAGACCAUAAUCCAACUGCAUAGCUUGUUGGGAAACAAGUGGUCAGCUAUUGCAGCGCGCUUGCCAGGGAGGACUGACAAUGAAAUAAAGAACUACUGGCACACUCAUAUCAGAAAGAGGCUUCUUAGGAACGGAAUUGAUCCUGUGACUCAUGCUCGUCGCCUUGAUCUUCUUGACCUAUCAACACUUCUAAAUUCAACUUUGUGUAACUCUUCACUUCUCGAUGUGUCAAGCCUCUUUGGUGCUCAAGCUCUCCUAAACCCAGAACUGCUUAGGCUGGCUUCUACUAUCUUGUCAUUGAAUCAAGAAAACCCGGAAACAGUCAUGCAGUAUCUCCAGAAAAACCAGAUUUGCAAUAUUCCUCAGCUUCAAAACCAGACAACAAUUACUUCGCAAGUAAAUGACCAGUUUCAGACUUCUAUUGCGGAGGUUUCAAAUUGCACCUCAUCUAAUGCAAACAAUACUUCAAACUUUGAACAAACGCAACUUAUGCAAGUCAAUGUGCAAGGACUAUUGUCCAACCUGACAAACUUUAGCAGCCAAAAUAUGCAACAGAAUUUGAAACCUUCAAGUUUAGCUGAAACUUUUGCUGCUUCAGAACCAAAUCACAUGAAUUGUAGCUCAAACCCCACGCUUCCUGUUCCUUCUGAUAGUUCAAGUUUCCAAUCACUCAACAACGGUAAUAAAAAUUUUAGCUUUGAUUUUGUUAUGUCAACGCCGUUAUCAAGCCCGACUCCGUUGAAUUCAUCAUCCACUUACAUCAACAGCAGCCUCGAAGAUGAGAUCGAAAGCUACUGCAGCAGCUUGUUGAAGUUUGAAAUUCCAGAGAGUUUGGAUAUUAGUGAUUUUUUGUAAAUUUUGUGUAAGCGCAUGUGAGACUACUUGUAUUGAAAACUAUCUUUGUGCAUUAGGGUUUGGUUUUGUAGUUGCUGUUGUCUUGUUGAUAAGUGAAAUUCUUUGUUAUUUUCUAAUAACAGUAUGCCAUAGUCAUUUUCCUUA